AUGGAUUUUGUUGUUGGACAUCAUCCCUUAAUAGCUAGUAAUUGUUCUUCUAUUUAUUAUAUGUCUAGAUUACAACCUCUUUUUGAAAAAUAUAAUGUGUCAGCUUAUCUUGCCGGUCACCCUCAUAAACUUUUUGAAUAUCAAGAUGUUAAUUCAACGUCUCAUGUUGCCUAUUUUACUACCGGAGUCGGUAGUCAAACCCAAUUUGAAGGUUGUAAUGGUGCUAGUUGGUUCAUGCCUGGUGGUGGUGCUGAAGGGACCAGGGGGUUUUUACCAGC